AUGAGACGUCGAGGAGGAGGAGGAGGAGGAAGUCGAAGAGCUGGACGAGGAAGAGGUGGAACGACUUCGUGCCAAAGCAGAACGCCAACGCCGUCGAGAACCUUGUCCAACUCAACACUCGUCCAACUCAUCCAGUUCACGCAGAAGGACAUUGAGCGUCUCAAGACGGAGAACUAUUUCUACGAGCGGACGAUCGAGCGGUUGGAAGAGCCGGAUAAGCUAGUGGAGGAGAUGUUCGCUUCCAAGAAGGGCGACGGGGACGAGGAUUCUUCGAUCCCCCUCAACACGGCCACUACCAUUUGCGCCUCGGAUGAGUCAGAGUCGGAGAUCCCGGCGGCCGAGGAUGGGGAACCCGAUUACUCGCCAAUCAUCCCCAUUGACGAGAUCAAUGUUUCAACCGACUCUUUCUUCGACAACAUGUCCGACAAUUCCAAGGACGUGGCGCUCAACUACUUUAGAAACAUUGGGAUCAUUGCUCCGCCCCAUUAUGACGUCAUGCGCCACAAAUAUGGUGACUUGGUCAAGGGGGCGGAAGAAGAUCCUGCCUACACCCUCAAGGCAGGUGCAGGUGUGGCUAAACCCACCCGGUUGAAGAGCUCCAUGUUCAAGGUAGGGAUGGCCUUGUUGGAGGAGAAAAACAAGAAGACGACCGUUUCCGAUGCGGCCAAGAGGGUGAUAACCAUGUUCACCCAGUGGGUUGGGGAAAAUGAUCCGCAGAAUGAGGACUGGGCCAAUUUGGAAGUGGACUACCCAGAUUUCGACCUUAAUGACAUCAAGCAAUUGAAAGUAGAGGACAAGCUCAAGUUUGCCCUUCAGGUGGAGGAUGAGCUCCGUAAACAGUUUCACCAGCAUGAAAUACGAACUUUGAAGGAGGAAGGGGCCGUGGAGGUCAACGUGGACGCUCACCAGCACUCCAUCCGACUUCUCCUCGAGUUGAGCAGGGAUUUUAGCAUCAUCAUGCACGACACCAAGCAUCCAAUGUCCACCAGCGCCAUGUCGGACUUUAUCCUCAGGCUCAAACGUAAAAUGAGGAAUCAGAUCUCUGCAGAGGAGACCAAGACGCGAAUGGCCAUCAGAAAUAUUAUGACCGUGCGUCGUCGAGUGGCACAUCAGCUGCGGUGCAGCAAAAAAGCAGGAACUAGCAUUUCAGAGAUUGACUUUGAAUACCUCACGGCAGAAAACGAGAUAUUCACCAAUGAGAUGGAAGAAAUGAAUCUGUACUUGAAGUACUUGAAGCAACUCUCGAGUAAUUUCUUUCAUACUUUGACCAAGGAUCAUGACGAGGUAAAAGGGCUGACUGCACAAGAGGACAAAUUUUCUAUCAGAAUUGCAAAAAAGAGGAUAGCGUUGAAAACGUUUGAAAGAACAUUUAUCAAAUACAAAAAUCUCAUAAACAAGACUCACACUCGGCUGGAAGAACUCAAACGAAAACUUACGGAAUACCAUGCCCCCAAACCUUUGGAGUACAUACGAUUGAAAGCUGCCCAGUAUGAAAUGGAAUCGGAGGUGGCGAGUUUGGAGAAAAAAGUCAAGGACUUGAAUUUGAAGCUCAUCACAGCCAGGAGCACAUUUGCCAAACUUUGUCACCAUUAUCCCAGCGGGGACCAGACGGAAGCCGAGAAUGAGGCCUGGUUGACUGAGGUGAAGGAUGAGGUGGGGUCGCAAAACCUGAUGGCCGGUUUCGAAACCGACUCUGACGACGACGCUCCCGACCUUCCCCCAAGUCUGCGACAGCCAAAUCCCAAAACUCUGUCACGUCUCUCCACGGUUACCUCCGCAUCGACGACCAGUGCGGGUGGUCGCAAGAGCAACUUCCCCCUGCGGAAACCCAGGCCAACUAAUAAGGCUCCUCUGGAGACACAACAGACACCGAAUACGGGGCCGAAAGGUGGACCACUGCGCACAAAAAAGAAGACGGCACAAGGUCUUACGCUAGCAAAUGCUUCCGUGGGAGGGUUGCUGUCUCACAGGACGGGUCAGCCUGUCAUUUAUGACACGGAUUUUGAGGCGGAACCAAGGACUCAGAUUCACAAAUAAUUAUCUCGAGUUGCUCAACAAACAUAAAUAAAAUACCAGUCUAAUUUUGAGCUCACACAUGCCAAUGACACGUGAAAUAAAGACAAACAAAUGGUAAUUUAUACAUAGGCUCGUAUAACUUUAAUCAAAUCAAUCAUACAUACCUCAUAAGUAAACAAUAUAAAUUCAUAACAAACUGCUACCAGGUUCAAACUAAUUAUUUAAAUUCAUAAUAUUGUUUGAUGUCAUUAA